UAAUUGUAGAGUUGGCCAAUGAGGAGCGGCGUUUCAUGGAGUCCGGCGCUGCGGAGUUGCUGGGUGAAGCGAAGGCUCCGCACAGUGCGUGCUGUCUUAUUGUAUCGUUGAGCGAGCUACGGAACACAAUUUGUGCGAGUACAGAUAGUAUUUCUGGCUUUCUUUAGGGUUUAAGAUGUAAAACUCCGAUAUUAAGUAACUUAAGGAUCGAGGGAUCGCAAAUUGACUGAGAGUACUCAACUGGAUAUUUGCCCUCAAACCAACAAGACCUGGAAGGUGUAAUUAAUCUAGACUACAGUGACAAGAAGCCAUAAUCAGUUACAGUACUGCUGACAGUGUGAAACUGGUGAUACUGUAGUUGCUUUGGGGAAUGAUCAUUGGACGAUCGCUGUUCCUGCGGUCGAGCAAAUCGUCUCUCUUCAUUCUCCAAACGCAAGCUACUGAUAUUACCCAGGAGGCAAGAGCCCAGCCUGCAAAUCUUCGUCUGGACUCGUCAGACACCUGACCGAGCCAGAAUCGCCCAGGAAACGAGACUAGGGAGAGAGAGAAAGAGACCGCUGGGAGCUGCGAAGAGCUGAGAAAGAGAGAGCAAGUGGAGUUUGUGGGCAGCUGUCUUGGAUGCGGUGCUCCCCCUAGCAGUCUUGGCGAGUGACAAUGUAAAGAAGGCCCUAGAGCGGCACGCUGUUGAGAGGAAUGGAUGUUGCAUCUCCAAGCUGAGUGUAUUGAAGAACCGAGAGGAGUGAGCAAGGCCCGGCCAUGACCACCUCCCACAUGAACGGGCACAUGACCGAGGACUCUAACACAGAUGUGAAGAACGUGGAGCUGAGCGAACCCCCGCGGCACCGCGAGAUGGCGGUGGACUGUCCAGGGGAGCUGGGCUGCAGGACCCUGCCUGUGAGGCGCAGCGCCCAGCUCGAGAGGAUCCGCCAGCAGCAAGAAGACAUGCGGAGGAGGCGCGAGGAGGAGGAGCGCAAACAUGAGCUGGACGUCAACGCCUCCAUGAGGCUCAAGAAGCUGUCCCAGAACCCCAAGAUCGGCAUCGACAACCCCACCUUCGACCCUGUCGAGGGAUAUGUACCCGAGGGGCCCAGCAACCUGGCCAAGGUCUUGGAGCUAGAUGACCUCCUGUCUUCGCUGAAGCAUAUCCAGCAUAGUCUGGUGGACUCUCAGAGCCAGGAAGAUAUCUCUGUCGUCUUGCAGCUCGUCCAAAAUACAGAUUUUCAAAAUGCCUUCAGGGUGCAUAAUUCAGUGGCAGUCAACAUGAGCAAAGCCAGCCCUCCCUACCCGCUGGCGGCCAAUGCACAAGAUUUAUCCCAAGAGGUUCAGAACAUAUUUAGAACAAGCCCGCAGAAGGAUGGACAAGAAUUGAAUGCUUUGCUAACCACACCGCAUCUUCAGGCGCUGAUGCUGGCCCAUGACAGGGUAGCUGAGCAGGAGAUGCAGCCCCAGAUAGCGGCAGAAACGCCCCAGGACUGCACGUACGAGACCAUGACUCGAUACGGAGGGGAGACACUGAAGAUUGUCCGCAUUGAAAAGGCCCGCGAUGUACCGCUGGGAGCCACGGUGAGGAAUGACGUGGACUCUGUGAUCAUCAGCCGGAUAGUGAAGGGAGGGGCAGCUGAGAAGAGCGGCCUGCUACACGAGGGAGAUGAGGUCUUGGAAAUCAACGGCAUCGAGAUCCGGGGGAAGGACGUCAACGAGGUCUUUGACAUACUGGCGGACAUGCACGGCGCGCUGACUUUCGUUCUCAUUCCCAGCCAGCAGAGUAAAGCCCCUCCAGCCAGGGAGACUGUGGUUCACGUCAAAGCUCAUUUCGACUAUGACCCCUCUGAUGACCCAUACGUGCCGUGCAGGGAGCUUGGGCUGUCCUUCCAGAAAGGGGACAUCCUGCACAUCAUCAGCCAGGAGGACCCCAACUGGUGGCAGGCCUACCGGGACGGGGACGAGGACAACCAGCCUCUCGCGGGUCUGGUUCCAGGGAAAAGUUUCCAGCAGCAGAGAGAAGCCAUGAAGCAAACCAUAGAGGAAGACAAGGAACCUGAGAAGUCAGGUAAACUAUGGUGUGCGAAGAAGAACAAAAAGAAAAGGAAAAAGGUUUUGUACAACGCCAAUAAAAAUGAUGAUUUCGACAAUGAGGAGAUCCUGACUUAUGAGGAGAUGGCUCUCUAUCACCAGCCAGCCAAUAGGAAACGACCGAUAGCCCUCAUUGGCCCUCCUAACUGCGGCCAGAACGAACUCCGGCAAAGACUGAUGAGCAACGAAGCCGACCGGUUUGCAGCUGCUGUGCCACAUACGACACGGAACAGGCGUGAUAAUGAAGUCAAUGGCCGGGAUUAUCAUUUCGUUUCACGGCAGGUCUUUGAAGCCGACGUGGCUGCGGGGAAGUUCAUUGAAUCAGGAGAGUUUGAGAAGAACCUGUACGGCUCCAGCACUGACUCUGUGCGCCAGGUCAUCAACUCCAGCAAGAUCUGCCUGCUGAACCUGCACACACAGUCUCUGAAGGUUCUGCGCAGCUCGGACCUCAAGCCAUACAUUAUCUUCAUCGCUCCUCCAUCACAAGAAAGGCUGCGCGCACUGCUGACCAAAGAGGGGAAGAACCCAAAGCCGGAGGAGCUCAGAGACAUCAUCGAGAAGGCGCGGGAGAUGGAGCAGAACUACGGGCACUACUUUGACGCGGCCAUCGUGAACACAGACCAGGACAAGGCGUACCAGGAGCUGCUGCGGCUCAUCAACAAGCUGGACACAGAGCCCCAGUGGGUGCCCUCCUCCUGGCUGCGCUAGGGAGCCUGGACAGUGGGUGCCCUCCUCCUGGCAGCGCUAGGGAGCCCGGACAGUGGGUGCCCUCCUCCUGGCUGCUCUAGGGAGCCCGGACAGUGGGUGCCCUCCUCCUGGCUGCGCUAGGGAACCCCGGACAGACACACAGACACAGGGAGGAAGCUGUUCAGCAGGCCCUGCAAGAGGACUGGCUCCCCUGGGGUUAAGACUGCGAAGUAGAGCCGCAUGGUCACACACUGGGAGACCUUUCAUUUUCUAAAGGAUGAAUUUGGAUAGCAAACCAGUGGACAGAAGGGGUUGAAUUCUGUCCUAUUUUAAAAUGUACCAGAAGGGUCAGGAAGUACUUUUUAAAAAAAUAAGUUAACGAUCAACAUUCCAGUUCUUACCAGCACUUGGUGGGAGCAAUAGAAAUAGUAAUCUACAGCUUUGGUAUCUAUUUAUAUAAUGUAAAUAUAUGUAAGAAAAAACCACUACUUUUAGUACAAAUAGCUGAGUCACAGUGCACAGUGUGUCCAACCUAUAUUUUAAUAUAAAUAUAUAUACUGAUUUUUUUUCUUUCUGUAUUUUUAUAUAGGUUAAUGAUUUUUUCAUAGAUGAUUGAGCACACUGGCAACAGUUCGAAUUAAGUUACUGUUCCUCACUUUGUAGGGAUAAUAAUGUGUUUAGAUGGCAGUAUAUUUUUAUUUAAAAUAAAUAAAUAAAUAAAAAUAAAUCAUGUGAAGUUCACUGCUAGAUCUUGUUUUCUAGUUGUUUUUUCUUGUUAUUUCUGUUAACUAAAAUUGUACUUUUGUGUUUUUCUGAUGCUGGGGAUGCAAUGGUGUGGAAUGCAAGGACUGCGUGAUUCUGUGAUUGUAAAAUGUAAUGUAGAUAAGAGAAUAAACUGGAAUAAUUUGAAUUAUUAAUUAAUGGAAGUACUGUAUAAAAAAUGCAAUGUUUUUUAAAUUGAAAUUGUCUCAUUGCUCAGUAAUUAAAUCGAGGAUAGUGGAGAUUGUAUUACAGGGAUACUUUAUACAUUUUACUAACCUGUCUAAUGUCCUGUUAUGUAAGCUCGGUAUAAUUCUGUUUCUGCUUAGAUCAUUUAUUUGUUCCAGCAUAUGUUGCUUAUGAAAAGACUUCAAGUCCAAUUUUAGUGGUGAAGCAUGUCUGUUUUGUACAGCUCCACUGAUGUACUUAAGUGCAUUGUGCAACACUAAAAUGCUUCCCCGCCUCAAUCCCCUGCUGUUUUUCGGAAGCAAUUUUUGCUAGAAUAAGUUCGUAAGCGUUGGAAAUAGUGAUCUAAAGCAGGAACAAAGAUUUUAUUAAACAGGUAAGAAAUUAAAUACAAAUAAUAUAUCUGCUGUCUCUUUAAUAGUGACUUUUAAAAGUCGGCUGUUGUACUUCACCUUGUGCUACACUGUGUUGAUGGAUGCGGGACGUGUUGAAUGACAUGGUAUCCCACUAUAUAUUUGCAAUGAAAAUUCUUUAGAAAUGGUUUCCUGGCUGCAACCAGAGUCUGUCCCUCAUCCAUCCCCGAUUGAAACACAUUUCUUGUCAGAGUGACUUUUUUGCAAGUUUUUUGAAAGUUUUUUUUAGGUUGACCCCUCCAUAUUUCUGGUAUAGAAAUGCCCAGCUGGAGCAGGAAACAUGCCCCAUUGUCUGGAAACUUCUUCUGGUAUCAGUAGUACCAUAGCCAUGUGUACUAAUAGCUAGCGCAGAAGGCUGCCCUCUGUUAGGAGUUGCAGGCAUUACCCUUGCCUGCUUUAAAGGGUUGAUUUGAUCCACAAAUAGAUUUUUUUUUUUUAGUUACUGUAGCAGGGAAUCCCCUUGGAUUGUAUCAACUGCUUAUUUAAACCCAAAACAUAAGAGCAGUCCCAAAAUAAUCCUAGAUUGGUGGUUGAAACAAUCCAGGGUUAUUCUCCAUUGCUGUAAAAUGCUCAGAGUUCUGUCUUAUCCUGGCAUGCCAUAGGUUAAUCAAAUCAGUUUCUUAUAAGUUUUACCUAAUUUGAUUUAAGAUCUCCUUGACAACAGGAAUCUCAAACCUCCAGAAGGCGAGACCGUUCUUUCUAAAGGUGUUUAUCAGUCAAGGCUUUGCUUCAGUCCUACUUGGAAAUGUUGCUGGUACAGUAACUAUUUUCUGAAUAACUGUUUUUUAGUGUUGCUGAAGGUCCCCACACUAUUUCGCUACCCUCAGUACUUCAUGAUUUGUUGAUGUGUACUACAGAUUGCAUAAUACUGUGCUUUUUAAUUUCGUUUUAGUUUGUCUAGGAGCCACAUUGAAAAAUCGUAAUGUCAAAAACGCUAUACCCCACCCUUUCUGUCAUUGAGGGUGAGGCAUAUUUCAUUAAUAAAAAUCAGCAUCUAGCCCAACA